AUGGGCAAUAUAGGCAAUAUGUACAGGGACAAAAGGCGAACGUAUGGUUCGAGUACUUUGCCUGGAAGCAUUCGCAUUAGAGAGUUGGAAUCUAAGGACUAUGGUGCUGUACAGAGGAUAUACGGCAGUUGCAUGAUAGACAAUAUCCCAUAUGCAAUAUCUUACACGAUGCAACAUCGGUACAUUCUCGUUCUAUGGGUGUUUCUCACUUACGCUACGGUAAAGAAUUACCCGGCCAAUGGUAUUCCGGUGGUGAUUCUAAUGCUCUGUGGGUGGGGAGUAUUUAUCUAUCUGAAUGUUCGUAAAAUAAUAACCCAUGCCAUAAUCACCGAAGCACGCCGCGUGCUUUUGCAUGAUUUUUUUAAUAUUCAUGAUCAUUACAAGAUUCAAGCAACAUCUACAGAUUCGAAUGACGACAAAGACAGUUCGCAUGGACCGGAAUCGUUAUCUAGAUUCUGGGUAGCUAUGGACAAAGAUGCUGGGAAUAGAGUCGUUGGAUUUGUGGCGGUGAUUGAAAGAGAGGAAGACACCAAAUUGACAGUAAUUGACCGCGAACCGAGUGUUCUCUAUUUAUGUAUUCUUUCUGAAUAUAGGUGUCGUGGUAUUGCGACGGCAUUGCUGGACCAUGCCACCCGAGAUAUGUUUAAGCGAGGUGUAAAGUGGAUAUCAUGCGUAGUGAACACGUGGCAAUAUCCUGCGUUGAACAUAUUUUAUAAGUUUGGUUUUCGGGAAGUUGCGCGCGCAUCUGUAUUUUAUGGGUUUACCGAGAAUGUAAAGAUGAGAUUGGAUAUCGAGGAGUGGGAUCGGUGUCGUAAGGCAAGAAGAAGGAAAAUAGAUGAAUGA